AUGGCCGCAGACGAGACGACGCCGUUGAUCGGCGAUGGGGCCCCGAAGGACGCCAAAGCCACCAAGGCCGCAAAGACGAUAUUCGGCCCCGCGAACCGGAUAUUGCUCGCCGGCUUCUUGAUGGCGUUCACUUUGGGGGUAACUCAAGUUCCUAUCAUCUACGUCUUCCGACUCAUGGAAUGUGACGUGUUCUACAGCCACAACCCCCCAUUCGAAGGCUCGGGCGACCGCUGUCAUCGCCGGGAGAUUAAUGCCGGGACUGCUACUCAGGUGUCAAUUUUGAGCAUGACGACGUCUUUCAGCGGAAUUAUUAACCUGUUCAUCUGCGGCUACUUCAUCAAGGUCUGGGGUCCGAGAUGGGCGUUCGUGUCGCAGACCGCAUUGUUGGGUGUGAGAGUUUCAACCCAGGUCUUGGGCGUCACCGUCGGGGGCAGGUCGGGUGAAAUCAUCUUCCAGGCGUGUCAGUGCAUUGGCAUGAUUGGAGGUCCUCGCGGUUAUCAAUUGGUAUUGAACACGGCAGUCAGUGAAGUCGUCGCUGCCAAGGAUCGUACCGCCGUGUUUGGUCGACUGCAGGGCUCCAUCAUGCUCGGUACAGCCUUUGGGUUCCUUCUUGGCGGUAUUCUUGGCGAUAUUUACGGUAUACGACGUCCCUUCGAGGCGGCCUUCUUCCUUUACGUGGCCUCUACUAUUUACGGAGCGCUGUUCAUGCCAAACAAGACAGCAGACGAUGCGAAAGAUCAGAAGCAGGGCAGUCGAGGCAUCAGUGGUUUCUUCGCGCCGCUCAAGGUGAUCGUGCCUCACAGGUACCGGCUGGAAUCCGGUAACGUCAUAAAGAACUACGGCUUAAUCUUCCUUGCUCUGGGUCUCUUCCUUGGAGUGUUUGCUACCGGCUACGCACCCAUCCUUCUUCAGAUGUAUGCUACUUCAAAGUUCAACUUUGGGACCACGGAGAACGGAUACCUCAUGUUCGGGAUCUCAUUGAUUCGUGGCCUGUUCCUGUUAUUCAUGUUCCCCAAUAUCAUCACCGUCGGACGGAACUGGUUCAAUCGAGCAGCGACAUCGGAGGAUGCAUCGACAAACACGCACGAGGGCCGCGUGCCGACAAACCCAGAAGACUUCGCGGCUGCUGAGGGCGGAGAAGUACCUCAAGAGCCAGAGCUCGUCCCGGACGCAGAUGAAGAGGACUCUGGAACUGGCUUUGAUCUCUUCUUUGUGAGGUGGAGUCUUGUCAUCGAUUCGCUCGUCACAUUCUUCGCCGGGUUCUCUUCGAGUGGAUGGCAAGUGUAUAUGGCCGGCUUUGUACUGCCAUUCGCAUCUGGGUCAGCGCCUGCAGCUAAAGGAGUUAUGACGGAGAUGUGUCCGCCGAAGCAAAGAACAGACGCAAUCAGCGCCAUCACACUCGUCGAAAGCAUGGCUACGUUGUUGACGCAAGGCCUCUUUGGCCUGAUCUUUGCGGCAUUCUCCGAAGCUGGUCAACCACGGUUGACGUUUUUCUGCAACGCGGCCUUUGCUGUCGUGGGGUUUGUCGUUCUGUUUCUGGCACGUUUACCACCAACCAACAGCAAGCGAAUCGAUGCUGAGGAUUCCGACACGGAGACGGAGACGCCCUCGUUGCUGGAACAGACAGCUAGUGAAGAAGAAAGGGAGUAA